AAAUCUCCAAAAAAGUUGUCCGGAUGUAAAGUUCAUUUGUUUUCUGCCACUUCCGGUUCCUUCGACAACACGGUAGUGCACAUGGGGCAAAGUAGCUAGUGACACAUAGCACCCCUUAGAUACACCAUAUCCAAGUUUUGUUUCGUGUGCAGUGUACUAUAUACGCACAUAGAUAUAUUAGAACAGACGUAGUCACAUAGAAAGGAGGCAUGGGUAAGAAGAAAGACGGCGGAGGAGGCGGACUGGGUCGAUCUUUGAUCAAGGAGAGACUCCAGGCGGGCCGAGGAAACAAGCGGGGCGACACCUGGCGCCACACUUGUGAGCUCAAUGAUGGCUAUGACUGGGGUCGACUCAACCUGCAGUCAGUGACAGAGCAGAGUUCCAUGGAUGACUUUCUGGCCACCGCCGAAUUGGCUGGAACAGAGUUUGUUGCAGAGAAGCUCAACAUCAAAUUUGUACCACCUGAGGCCAGAGCAGGCUUAUUGACAGCUGAAGAGCAAACAAGGCUGAAAAAGCUGCACGAAGAGAACAAGCAUUUCCUUAGAAUUCCUAGACGCCCCCACUGGGACGAAGGCACCAGUGCAGAUGUGCUUCAGCAAACAGAGAAAGACAGCUUCUUGGAGUGGAGACGAGUGCUUGCACAACUAGAAGAGCAACAGAAGUUAAUUCUCACCCCAUUCGAGAGAAACCUGGAGUUCUGGAGACAACUCUGGAGAGUGAUUGAGAGAAGUGAUGUUGUCGUUCAAAUUGUUGACGCCAGAAAUCCUUUGCUGUUCAGAUGUGCCGACCUGGAGUUGUAUGUAAAGGAGGUGUCGGAGCACAAGGUCAACAUGCUGCUGGUGAAUAAGGCAGACCUGCUGACCAGGGAACAGAGGCGAGUGUGGGCCAGACACUUCCAGAAAGAGGGGCUGAGGGCAGUUUUCUGGUCUGCGCUGGCAGAGAGCGACCGAUUGGAUGCUGAGGAAAAGGGAAUGGAAGUGGAGGAACAAGACUGUGUAGAGAGUGACCCAGAAGACGAAGAACAGCCAAACAACGAAGUACAAAUAAAGCCAGCUGGACAGGAGGAGGAUGAGAUGGAGGCUGAGGAGGACGAUAAAGAUGAGCACAAUAGUGGCACAGACGAAGAGCAGCAGGAAAAGGUAACUGUUGCUGAGGAGGACUGGUUCACCUGCUCAGAAGAUGAAGAAAAUGAAGAAGACGGCGGCGCUGGUUCACCCAAUAAAUCCCCCUUCCACAACUCAAGCAGGCUGCUGCAUAAGGAUGAGCUGCUCGAAAUGUUUAAGUCGGUUCACAACGGGCCCAGGUGUAAAGAAGGACAGCUAACAGUGGGACUGGUUGGGUAUCCUAACGUGGGCAAGAGUUCCACCAUCAACACUAUUCUAAGGAACAAGAAGGUGUCUGUUUCAGCCACUCCUGGACACACGAAGCACUUUCAGACUCUGUAUGUGGAGCCGAGCCUGUGCCUCUGUGACUGCCCAGGUCUGGUCAUGCCCUCCUUUGUUUCUACAAAAGCUGAGAUGAUCUGCUCUGGGAUCCUGUCUAUUGAUCAGAUGAGAGAUCACGUACCUGCAAUCUCCCACAUAUGUCAGGUGAUCCCUCGACAUGUCUUUGAAGGCACCUAUGGGGUCAACAUCAUCAGACCACGAGAAGACGAAGACCCCGACAGGCUUCCCACCUCCGAGGAGCUGCUGAUGGCUUAUGGAUACAUGAGAGGCUUCAUGACAUCACACGGCCAGCCUGAUCAAUCCAGAUCAUCCCGAUACAUCCUGAAGGAUUUUGUCUGUGGAAAGCUUUUGUACUGCCAUCCUCCGCCACAUAUCAACGCUCAGGACUUCCAGCCGCAGCACAAAAACUUUGCGAAGAUGGACUCGGACUGCUGUGACCUCUCAUCCACAUCAGCAAACAAACCGCAUAGAGUCAGGAGAAUUGAAAAUGUGGUUGACAAGAACUUCUUCCAUCAGGAGAACGUGCGGGCGCUCUCCAAAGGGGUUCAGUCUGUUAUGGGCUACAAGCCGGGCAGCGGACCCGUCGGCCCGGGACAACCUGGUUCAGACGCGGUGGUGGGAAAACCUUGGAAAAAACACGGCAACGGCAACAAGAAGGAGAAAGUACGACGUCUUACCAGGCACCUGGAAGCCUGACGCAGAUUUGAAGUCAAAGCAAGAACAGGGCGUUUUUUUCAGAGAAGUUAAUCCUGAGUAGUAUCCAAAAGUCAAUAGAGUCCCUUUGAUCUUGCAAGUAUGGGAAUUGUCUGGUUAUCUUGAUAUUACCAAAUGAGGUGCAUAAUCUUUCAUAAAGUUUUCUGGUUAGAAGAUCAUUUUGGUUUAAUGCAUUCCGUCAACACUAGAUCUCACCAGCGUUUGUACAUGGAGUCAACAUCCAGAGAGUCUGAAACUGCACUCUUUUAAAGUCAUUUCAGACACCACAUCACAAAGGUCAAAUCACCCGGGGGAAUGACCGUUUGAAUCUGCUUUUAUUCAUAAAACAUGUAAACAUGCAACAAAGCUGUGUCAUGAAAAUAAAUUGUCAUGUUGCUGCA